AUGACAAUAUUAACAAACAGUUCCUUGAUGAUAUUUUAAAGAAGUAUGGGGAAAUUGAGCAUUCUCAGAUAUAUUACCAUCCAAAAACAAGAAAACAUCUCCGCCUGGCUCAUGUGACUUUUACGACAAUACAUGCUGCUAAAAUGUGUGUUGACAAAUUGAAUAUGAGUACUGUCAUGGGGGAUGUUCUGAGUGUCUAUCUUGACCCCUUUGGCAAGGAUUGUAUGAAUACAUUUGAAGAAAUAGUGUCUGGACGAACAAGAACAACAUCAUUAGGUGAUGAACCAUUAGUUAUUUGUGACCCUCGGCGACGGCUACCAAGUUUUGAUAAAACUGUACCAAAAGCAAUAAGUGAAAAAGACCAAAGUUUAUUAAAUAAAGUAAAACGGGAACCUCCUCGAACUCUUAAUUCUGACAUUACAACUCCUUCAAAUUCUGAUUUCGGUUAUGGAACUGAGAGCAUUUUGAGCAGCAGAAUGUCAGAGAGAAGUAUGAGUGUACAGUCAGACAGUUAUCAUUCAUCGCAUUCAACACCCAGUCAGCUGAGCUUUGAUUCUGGUUUUGGUUACAAGUAUGGUGCUCAGACGUCUGUAUGUCAGAAUAAACAUACACCUCCGGUAACCAAUUCCCAUACAAAGAAUAAUGUUUGGGAUAAGAGAUCUUCUAGCACCUGGGGAGAAUCGUCUCCAUGGGAAGAUAACAGUUCACCUGCUUGGGAUAAUCGUAGUACAAAAAGACAUGUUACUCCCCCUUCUACUCCGGUAACUGUGCCAAAACAGAGUCCUAUUAGGGAAAGCUUAGAUACUAGAAUUGAAUUACUGUUAAAGCAGACAGCUGAUGGAAAGAACAGUUUUUUAGAUCUUGGUGCUGUGUCAGCACAGAUUGGAAAUGUGUCGCUUAUUGGUGAUUCUCCAGAUGAUAAAGGCCUCAUGCGACCACCAUCAUCAUGGUUGGAGGCCCCACCUCUCCCACCAGAUUCUUCUCCUCUUCCUCCACUUCCCGAAUCAGAUGAACCUCCUCCUCCUCCACCUGAAGAGGAAGAUGACUUAGUUCUGUUAUCAACACCACCAUCACCAUUUCUGACUUUCUCAGAAUAUCACAAGUGGGCUGUGAUUACUGCUGAUAUUGACUCUGGAAAAUUAACUUCACUAUCAGAUAUAGCUAAUCUUGAAGAUGCUCAUUUAGAACAUCCUAUCCCAUUAAAAGGUGUUAGAUUAUCUGGUAUAAACUGGAAAGGCACCAGUGUAGCUUUAGAAAAAGAUGAUGAUUCACCAAUAAUGCAGGAUAAAGGUGAUUCAACACCAGUCAGAGAUGAACUGCCUAUUGACUAUGAUGAUAAAAUGUCUUUGUCAUCCUUAAGUGAUGGUGAAAACAAACUAGAACUGCAUAUUCCAAAUGUUGAUAAUGCUCUUGCACCUCCAGCACAAAAACCUGUAAAUCAUGUACAUUCUUCUGUUGGCUCUACAAAUUUUAGCACAUUAUAUUCAACUCAAACAGCUGGUACAAAUGUAUUCCCUGUUUCUGAUACUGCCUCAUUUACUACAGCACCACCACCACCUCCUCCUCCACCACCGCCUCCACCUCCACCAUCAUUCUCUGGUUUUGGUAAUACAGCUGCUGCACCAUAUCCCGGUCCUCCUCCAACUGGGACAUCGCUGUAUUCAACAACCACACGGCCCCCAUUUCCAGCACAAGGAGUAUUUCCAACUCCUCCUCCUCCUUUACCAGGUACUGCUCCUGCAUCAGUAGCACCUACUGCUGUACCUCCUCCUCCACCUCCUAAUCUGACUUUCCUCAGCAGAAGUCCAUCUCAUUCUCAAACUGCACCACCUAGCCAUCCCAUGUAUCCAAGUGAACAUGUGCAGAUGAUGGCACGAAUGGGAAUCUGGCGUCCAGGCAUGGGAUCGGGCAUAGCACCUGCCCCAACAACAGGUUUUGAGAACCAGUCUCAGAAUUACAGUCAAACUGCAUAUCCUAGAGAGAAUUAUUUUCCACCAACACAACCUCCAUUACCUGGAGGCACAUUUCCUAGUUCAACUGUACCUUUUACUCCACCUACAAAUAUUGCUGAAAUGAUUUUAAGGCCUCCGCCUGGUUACCCAGCCAUUUUAACUCGACCACCACUUGGACCUAAUGCAUUGCCACCAUUUGCUCCAAAUGCAUUUACUCAGCCACCUCCAGAUCCUCAUGCACCCACUAUUGAUGGUGUUGUUGCUUGUGUUAUCAAAGAAAUGAAACAAGUAAUGAAAAAGGACAUUUGUAAAAAAAUGGUUGAAGUUACUGCAUUUAAACGCUUUGAACAAUGGUGGGAUGAACAGUUGCACCAAGAAAAGCUUAAAACACAAGGAGAUGUACCUGAUAAAACACCAGAGAAGGCACAGAUGCCUGCAUUUUCUUCACUUAGUGCUCUUUUUGAAAAAAAUCGUUCUUCAUUUGGGUUUGCUUUGGAAAAUAGCGGUAUUGGUUUAGGCUUAAGAGCUACAAUGCCUAGGAUGCCUUCUUUUAGGCGGAAGAUAAUUAAAGCACCAUCACCCCCUCCACUUGAUGACGAUGACAGCAAAAGAGCAGAGGAAUCAGAUCUUGAAAAGGUAAAAUCUGAUUCAGAUACAGAAAGUUCUGUUGGUCUGAAGAGAAGGAGAAUGGUAUUCUCAUCUGAGGAAGAUGAUGAUCAGAGCUCUCAGGAAAGUGAAAGUGAAAAGGCUGAUUCAGAUGAUGAGUCAUCUUCAGCAGAUGAUGAGAGCUCAGAUUCAGAGAGUGGCUCUGAGGAAUCAGAAUUUGCAUCUGGUGAAAGUGAAGAAGAAUCAAAUGAUGAAGUUGAAAAAACUGUUGUUAGUGAUGAAGAUAGUAGAGCUGUGGCAAGUAAAGAAACUAUGAGUUUACCUAAGGAUAAAAAAUCUGAGUUUGAGACAUCAGAUUCAGAAAUGAUCAAAGAUACAACUGAAAGUGAAAAAGAAGAGCAAAGAACAACAACAUUUAAAGGUGUAUUAGAAAAAGUGCAAAAAGAUAAAUUGGAGCAUUCCAGCAAUGAUGAAGAAGCAUGUAUUCCCAGCUCUUCAGUAACUGCUGAAGAAACAGAACAAGAAAAGAUGGAAGUGAGUGAUGAAUUAGACGAUAUAUCAGAAGGUGAGUUUCCUCCAAGUGAUAAAGAAGAUCUUGAACAGGAAGAGGAAGAAGAAAAAGACUCUGAAAAAGCCAUUGCUUUACCAUCAGAAGAACCAUCAGCUAGUGAUAAAGAAUCUGAGAGUGUUGAUGCUGAUACUACUGUCCAAGAGCAAAGCCAAAAUGAAGCUGUAGAACCCAGUUCAUCAGAAUUGCCAACAAAUGAACCAGUAUAUGAACAAAGUCAAGAAUCCAGAGCAAAGGAAGCAUCAGAAGUAUUAAUGGAACUGGCGUCCAUCUUUGCAGAUUUUGGUCGACAGGCUGUUGUAGACUCUGUGGCUGAAAAUUUAGAGGCAGUAGAUGAUAAAAAUGAACCUGCUCCUGAAAUCAGUGUUGAACAGAGUGUCAAAUUACCAGAGAACUUAACUAAUGGAGAGCUUGAUUACAGCUCAGAGGCUACAUUAUCUGCUGAAGAAACUCGUUUUUAUGAAAAUAUGGAUAGUGAUUCUGAAUUCAUAUAUAAAAGCGAUGUACAUAGCAGUAGUGUAACCGACCAACUUAUCUUUGAACAUAGUUAUUGCCUGCCACAACCUCAAAGAACUGAAGAGCCCAUUCAUAAAUCUAGUUCAGAACAAAAAUUUAACUCAUUGGACUCGGUUAUUGAUUCAGUAGUACGUGGUCCAGUGCAGUCAGUAGUUGACCAUGAAUACACUAAAAUACGAGCCACUUCACCUCCUUUUAUCAUGCCUCCUUCACCGCCAAAAGUCUUACCUAGGAGGAAAACAAAACUGAAACGUAAGCGACGGUAUAGUCGCACAAGUUUGAAAGAUCUUUUCUUAGAUGAUAUUACGCCUACCCCUCCUCAACCUGAAUCUAAAUAUUCCAGAAGGAGUGUAAUAGAAGAAAUGAACAUCUUAUACGAAUUUUUGAGAUGUGGUAUUGAUACCGAAGAUACUAUGUACCUACAAAAGAGUUAUGAUGCUUUACUCCAGGAUGAUGCUCAGUGUUUCUGGUUAAAUGAUACACAUUGGGUUGACCAUCCUGCUAGCAUUCCUUCUCCUCCCAAGAAAAAGAAAAAAGAUGAAAAUACUCGGACACAUUUGUCUGGUUGUGCUAGAUGUGAAGGUUAUUAUAAACUGGAUGUGAAGGAGAAGGCUGUAUAUAAUCAUGGUGCAAUGUCAAGUCUGGAUAUUGAUGGUGAACUUCCUGAUCCUGCCAACAAAGCUAAAACAACAGCUCAGUCUAACAGAGAAGCACGAUCAAAUCAGCGACGUUUGUUAACAUCAUUUGGAGAAGCUGAUUUUUGUAGUGAUUUGCUGAAGUUCAACCAGUUGAAGUUCCGAAAGAAGCAACUGAAAUUUGCCAGAAGCAGGAUUCAUGAUUGGGGACUUUUUGCACUUGAACCAAUUGCCGCCGAUGAGAUGGUUAUUGAAUAUGUUGGACAAAUGGUGAGACCUCUGGUUGCUGACAUGAGAGAAAAGAUGUACACUUCUCUUGGUGUUGGAAGUUCAUAUUUGUUUAAAGUAGAUGUUGAUGGAAUUAUUGAUGCUACUAGAUGUGGAAAUUUGGCAAGGUUUAUCAAUCACAGUUGUAAUGUAAGAUAUAUUUUGAAUAUUUGA